GCCCCGGAAAAAUACACACUGCACAAAAUAUGUUCCACCGAGUCAAAUUCGACUUACAUUUUUCAAAUCAAUUCUGCAGAAUUUCAUAAAUCACACUUUAUCGCUAUGGCAACCCUGAUUUCAAAAAUUUUUGGGAACAUUGAACACCUUGAAAACAUAAAUUUUCGACUUUCUGGAGACCACAAUUCUGGAAAUAUAUCCCACAAUAAAAAUAUUGUUGUUACUUGUACAGCCUCAAUUUUUAACUUGUUCCACAAUACUAACAUUACAAUUGAAGCGAAAUCCAGCAAAAUUGAGCUCUGCGAGUGUGCAAACGUUCUCAUUUUUGGAUCAGAUAACGAAAUUGUGUUUAAAACAAGUAGUCAUUUGAAAUUUCAUGGUGAUGGAAACAAUUGUUCGGGAAGUUUAAAUAGGAACGUGAAACAUGACUGUAACCAGAGUAAGUCCGUACUUGAGAGGAAUUCUGACAUAAAAUUGUCCGGGAAUAGGAACAAUGUGGUUGCAAAGGAUAACACAAAUUUGUCCAUUUCUGGCGACGGGCAUCAAAUUAUCGUUGAAAAUGCCGACAGUCACAUCAUUACAAGGGAUUGAAAAGGAGUCCGACUUCGGGCAGCCAGGUUCCAAAUUGAUCCGAUUCUUGAUUUCAUACAACGGACAAGCAACAAUCAACAAAGAUUUUUGUAAGUUGGGAAACAUCAAGUUGAAAAAGACAUUUGAUCGGUGUCACGUUGAUAUCGAGAUUCAUAUGCCGGAAUCAGUCCAAGUCGUCCAUAAGACUGCGGGGAAAAUCAUUGUUUCCGGAAUAUCAAAUACUGGCGAAAAAGAACAACUUACCAUAACGGGGCCACAAGUCGAUCAAAUUUCGCAAAAGAUGAACUGUUUCAGGAUAACUUUCGACAAUACGUCGUGAUCGCACAUAUGUAAUCAUACAAAGAUAACUGAUCUCAUACAUUUCAUUUAUUGCAUAAAGAAUGAAUAAAUUAUUUAUUCCUUCAUUCUUCCAGCAAAUCUACAUAUGCAUAUAAGUAUGUACAUAGGUAUGUAAGACUAAAG